CUCUCUCUCUCUCUGCCCCAUAAUUACACACACAACACACACUAGAUUCAUCGUUCGCUGCUGAAUCCUCUAGCAGGAAGUAAAAAAAUUAAUAUCAGGCGAAAAUGGAGGCGGAAGCAGAAGGCCAAGACCUAGGGCAAGGGCAAGGAGAGAGGUGGUGUGUGGUGACCGGAGGGAGAGGGUUUGCGGCGAGGCAUUUGGUGGAAAUGUUGAUCCGAUACAAUAUGUUUUGCGUUCGGAUUGCGGAUUUAGGCCCUACGAUCAAGCUCGAACCGCAAGAAGAGAAAGGCAUUCUCGGCGAGGCGUUGAGUUCUGGUCGUGCUAGCUAUGUCUCCGUGGAUCUCCGUGAUAAGUCUCAAGUGCUCAAAGCUUUCCAGGGAGCUGAGGUUGUUUUUCACAUGGCUGCUCCAGAUUCUUCUAUCAACAACUACCAGCUUCAUUAUUCUGUCAACGUGCAAGGUACCAAGAAUGUUAUUGAUGCUUGUGUUGAGCUGAAAGUAAAGAGGCUUAUAUGCACAAGCUCACCGAGUGUGGUCUUCGAUGGAGUUCAUGGAAUUUUUAAUGGUGAUGAAACAUUGCCUUAUCCUGCCAAGCACAAUGAUUCAUAUUCUGCCACUAAAGCUGAAGGAGAAGCACUAGUUAUCAAGUCAAAUGGCACUAAUGGCCUUCUAACAUGUUGCAUUAGACCUAGCAGCAUUUUUGGUCCAGGUGAUAGGUUACUUGUGCCUUCUUUAGUUGCUGCCGCAAGGGCUGGGAAAUCUAAGUUCAUAAUUGGUGAUGGCAACAAUCUGUAUGAUUUCACAUACGUCGAAAAUGUUGCACAUGCUCACAUAUGUGCUGAACGAGCACUGGCUUCAGGAGGGGCAGUUUCAGAGAAAGCUGCAGGGCAGGCAUAUUUCAUUACAAACAUGGAGCCCAUCAAGUUCUGGGAAUUUAUGUCGCUUGUUCUUGAAGGUCUUGGCUAUGAAAGGCCAAGAAUUAAACUUCCCGUCUUUCUGAUGAUGCCUAUAGCACAUAUGGUGGAGUGGGUAUAUAAGAUGCUGGCCCCCUAUGGGAUGAAGGUUCCACAGUUCACUCCUUCAAGAAUCAGGCUUCUGUCUUGCUGCAGGACAUUUAAUUGUUCAAAAGCAAAUGAUUUGCUUGGCUACACACCAGUUGUCUCUCUCCAGGAGGGUCUUAAGCGAACAAUUGAAUCAUACCCACACUUGAGAGCUGAAGUUCGACCUAAAAGGGAUGGUCCAUCAAAAGCAUCAAAAAUUCUUGGUAGCGGAAGGGUUGCAGACACACUUCUAUGGAGGGAUAAAAGGCAAACGCUCCUCAUGUUGUUGGUUCUGGCUGCUAUUUACUUCAAUUUCAUAGCAUCUGGAUACACCAUUAUAACUGCAGUUUCCAGACUUCUCUUGGUGGCAGUGGUUUUCCUCUUCAUCAAUGGAAGGUUACCCGGGAAACUAUUGGGUUAUCAAGUUGAGAAAAUUCCUGAAUCAAAGUUCCACAUUUCACAAGAGUCCUCGCAUCAAGUUGCUCAAUCAAUAGCCUCGGGGUGGAACUCUGCUGUGAUCGAUUUAAAAUCUCUAUGCAGAGGAAAUGACUGGAUACUAUUUUCAAAGGUGGUUUUGUCUCUUUUGAUUUUGAGCAUCCUUGGAGCCCUUUCACUACGAAGUUUGUUUAUAAUAGGGCUUCCCAUUGCCUUUGUUGCUUUCUUUGUCUAUGAGAAGAAGGAAGAAGAAAUAGAUGGUUUUGUCCAUCAAAUUCUUCUGUCUGGAUGUAAACUAAGGUCGAAUGUCGCAGGAAAGUUUUCGAACUUGAAGAAACAGCAAUAAUGAUCCUAUCUGCAUGAGAGCAUUUGUCAUUCUUCCUCGCUUGGUGCCUUCUUGGGUAUUAAAAGCUUGUUUCCCUUGUUUCCUUCUUGGGUAUUAAAAGCUUGCAUUUUCCAUCUGGUUUUAUUGCAUUACAUUCACGGGACUGGUUACGAGCUGAAUGUAUCGACAAUUGGGAUUUUCUGGAUCUGAUGCGUGCAGUUGUUCCCUAACUAAUGGUUUAAGUGCGGAAACGUGUCUUGCUGCUGGAGCUAAAUUUUGUCCUGCGGGCAUUGCUUCUGUCCGUUAAGCCCCUUAAAUCGAUUUACUUAUCUGUUGUAUUUAAUAUACUCAGGAAUCUAAUUGCAUUAGAUAGAUUAAUUUGCUUGUAUUUAUGUUUAAAGAACUUGAUUUGUUUUGGUGAAUUUUGGGAAGCAAUUACCAUUUUAAUUUGUUGAGAGAAAGAUAUUAAUAUAAUUCUACA